AGCAGCAGCGAGGACCGGAGCCAGCCACCUCACCAUCUGCACGAGCCGAACGGGAUGUCGGGAAGUCGACAAAGAGGACGGGGAGCUUCAUCCUGAUCAGUGCAGAAGAAGCUGGUGAAGAUCAUCUGCUGCUGUAGGAGAAGUGCCUGAUGCUCAGAUCCAGCAGGAUGGAGGAGUUUGUGACUGAAGAGGACGAGCCAUGGUACGACCAGAGAGACCUGGAGCAGGAUCUGCACUUGGCAGCAGAGCUAGGGAAGACCCUUCUGGAACGCAAUAAGGAGCUGGAGGACUCGCUGCAGCAGAUGUACAUCACCAAUGAAGAGCAGGUGCAGGAGAUUGAGUACUUGUCCAAGCAAGUGGAGAUGUUACGGGAGAUGAAUGAGCAGCAUGCAAAAGUCUAUGAGCAGUUGGACGUGACAGCUCGAGAGCUUGAGAUCACCAAUGAGAAGCUGGUGUUGGAAAGCAAGGCUUCACAUCAGAAAAUAGACAGGUUGACGAGCACCAUGGAGAUGCUGCAGGGCCAGGUGGACACACUGACUGCCCGUGUAGAGGAACUGCGCACACUUGAAGAACUCAGGGUUCGCAGGGAGAAGAAAGAGAGACGAAAAACUGUGCACUCUUUCCCUUGCCUCAAGGAGCUCUGCACCGCACCCAGGUAUGAGGAUGGAUUCAGGGUGUCUGACCCAGGUAGUGGUGACCUGCAAGAGCGGCGGCCGGCAGAUGAAGAAAAUGAGCACCUGCGUGCACUGGUUGCGUCUCUCCGUGCAGCUGUAUCAGCCGAACGUGGGCGACGGGAGAAUGCAGAGCGUGAGUGCACCGCCGUGCUGCAGGAGUUUGAGCGCUUGGAGCAGCGACUUCUGGGUGCCGAGGGUUGCCAACAACGUGUCCAUGAGCUGGAGGCAGAGCUGCAGGAGCUACAGCAGCUACGCAAGUCGCGUGCCUGCUUACUGGUUGCUGAGGAUGGCCUGGAGCAGACGCUGCUCAGCAGUGCCCCGGAAACAGAUACGGUGGAGGAUGUUGCAGGUGCAACACAAGAGAGCUCUGGUGAACCCCCAGUACGCAAGAGCUGUAGUGACACAGCACUGGACGUCAUCUCAGCGGUAGAUGCCUCUGGACGACGCAAGGGCAGCUACGCACUCCAUGCCAAUGGUGUGCGCAAGCGUGGCAUGUCCAUCUUGCGUGAAGUGGACGAGCAGUACCAUGCAUUGCUCGAGAGGUAUGAGGAGCUGCUGGGCAAGUGCCGGCGCCAUGAAGAGAGUCUGCGCCAUGCUGAGGUACAAACUUCACGGCCUGUCUCCAGAGACCCGUCCAUGAAGGAGUGUCGUGCAACGGAGGCCGCAACACAGCCAGGCACGCCACCGCAAACACCCUCAACACCUGAGGCCAUGGAGGGCAUCAGCCGGCAGGUGGAGGCUGUGGACAAGCGGCUGAGCCAGAACACACCUGAGUACAAGGCUCUGUUCAAAGAGAUCUUCUCACGCCUGCAGAAGACCAAGACCGACAUCAACUCCACCAAAGGGAGGAAAAGUGGGAAAUAGCGCUUGGCUUUUUUUGCUCAGAGGAAUGCAUGGUAGGAUCUAUUGUUCUACCUCAAUUAAGACCACAGUCUUAAUUGUUUAAUUGGCCAGAUCAGAUUCAGUAAGCUGGCGUCUGAAAAGGAUUCAUGCUAGUGCAGAGCUAAUGGGUAGAGUAGAAUAUCGGGGCUUACUUGCCACGUUAGUGCACCUCAGAUGAGGACGAGCAUUGACAAAGCAGGUCAUGUCUGAUGGAUCUUUCUUUGGUUGUUUGUGUUUUAAGGAAGAUUUAAGAUUGUUUCUCACUGUUGGUUUUCCUGGAACUUAACCUACUACCAGGGUACCUGUAUUUAAAAAAAAAAAAAAAAAAAAGGGCACACCACUGCUUAUUCUUCCUAUUUCCGUAACUGUAUGUAACAACCUCUAUUCUGUAAUCAUCUCUUUCCAAUAUUAAAGACGCUUUGCUUAUAA